AUGGUGCUACCCGACAAGCACGGUAUCCUCUCGAAGACCCAACGUAGUGGAUGGCCCAGAAGAUCCCUUUCUGUUUACCUUAUAUAUCUGAUGAUAUGGCAGAGCAGUACGGGGCUGUCUACAAAAGCGGGUCUAAGGAAUGACGUGAGGGUUGUGGAAAUACCUCCAGCAAACCUCAAGGCGAAGCUGGUACGUAACCGUGUGUAUGAUCGACUUGCACAACUCCCAGCUGCGUGGUUUGCCCGUAUGGCAGAGAGGGUGAUUGCAUGA